GGCCGUGGCACUGUGCGAUACUUCGCAGGAGAAUGCGGCCGGGUGAUGGAUUUGCUCGAUUUCUGUCCCUCCCGCCGCAAGUUGAACCUGGUGGCCAGCAGACGGAACAAAAUGAUUGCGGACAUAUAUUCCAGAAAUGACUUUGCCCUGACGGGAUCCAACAGGGCCUCGCCUCGCCGUCUGCGCUUCCUGAUCUCUCAAUUAGGGAGCUUUGCUUGCGCGGACUGAGUGACUCCCCCGUCCCCGCGGUUUUUGGACUAGGAGCCAGUAUGGAAUUUAGCCCACUUUGUACAGCGAACUACUUGGUGCGGUGCAAACCUGUUGCCUGCGUAGAAAGGCCAUCCAGAAAGCCAAGAGAGGAGGGAGCCUUCCUGACCUCCUCUGGCGGACUGUUGCACAGAGUGGGGGCCACCACAGAGAAGGCACACGGCCAGAGGUGGGAUCCAGCAGGUUCUCACCAGUUCCCGAGUCUGAAACUCUCGUUUACUUUGGACAAGGAGAGCGGGAUGCCGCAGAGCUGCGACGUCUAUCAGUAUCGGGACAGCAACAAGCUGGUGGAAGAGUUCAUGCUCCUGGCCAACAUGGCCGUGGCUCACCGAAUCUACCGCUCCUCCCCGGCCCAAGCUCUCCUGCGCCGCCACCCGCCGCCCCUGACCAAGUUGCUGAACGACCUCUCUGAGUUCUGCUGCCAGAUGGGCCUAGAGAUCGACUUCAGCAGCUCUGGAGCUUUGCACAAAAGCCUGAGUAAACUUUUUGGGACUGGCAUCUAUGCGGAAGCCAAGAAGGCCGUGCUGACCAGCAUGUUCUCUCGGCCCAUGCAGAUGGCCGUCUAUUUCUGUGCCGGGGUUCUGAAGGACGAGGCGCUCUUCUGCCAUUACGCCCUGAACGUUCCCUUCUACACCCACUUUACGUCGCCCAUCCGCCGCUUCCCGGACAUCCUGGUGCAUCGACUGCUCUCCGCUUCUCUGGGUGACGGCCCCGCCCUGAGGAUGAAGAGCGAGGAGAUCCAGAAGCAAGCAGACCACUGCAACGACCGGAAGGUGGCUUCCAAGAGGGUGCAGGAACUGAGCGCCGAUCUCUUCUUUGCCGUGUUUGUCAAGGAGCACGGCCCCCUCGAGUCGGAAGCCAUGGUGAUGGGCGUCCUCAGUGAAGCCUUUGAUGUCCUGGUCCUGAAGUUUGGGGUCCAAAAACGCAUCUACUGCAAUGCUUUGCCGCUGCUUGGAUUCCAGUUCCAGAAGCUGGGCAAGAAGCCGCAGCUGACCCUGAUGUGGGAGCCGGAGAGCCCUGAGCAGGAGGCCGUGCAACAGGACAUUGCCAUUUUCACCUUAGUGGAGGUCGAACUCUGGUCGGACAAGAGCCCUUUGAAGUACAGCGCCCUGCUGAAGAGGCCCGGUGGGAGGGCGGGCCAGACCUCCUGAGGACGCCGCUGCUGCUCCCCGGCCACUUCCGCCAACGCCACCAGCCACCUCCUGCAAAGACUCUCUCGAAAAAGUCAGCCCGCGGGCCUGCUGUUUUACCGGGUUGGUGGGGUUUGUCUUUUUUACAGGUGGAUUUUUAACCCAAGGAGGGGGCAGCGGACUCUGCAGGAACUUGGAACUCUUUCGCUUUCUGGGUCUUUUACACCCUCCUUUCGCUGCGGGGCAGAACUGCCCCGACACAGCCAAUGAAAUGACUCAGGACAUCCCAGAAUAAGCAACUGCCUUUUCCUCCAGGGCCUCUGCCCUUCGUGUGCCCGGCACUGACCACGAGGACCCGGUGGGCGUCUGCCGUGGCCGUCUGUUCCUGCUGCGUUCUCUUCCGUGGUGUAAUAAAAACAUGGCCGACAAUGGA